AUGAUCUCCAAAUCGACGUCGCCGUCCUCCAUCGGCACCCAAGGAGCGCCCAAACGCCGAAGAAAGACGACCACCGACGAAAGCUCGCUUCCCCGGUUAGCGAUCGACUCUUCGCUCGGCGGGAAUGCUUCUCCUACGGCGGCGGCGGCAGUAGCGACGCCGCAGAGCGCGGGUGGAGCGAGCGCGGGUCCCGGAACUGGCAGCAGCAGCGGUGGCAGUGGUGCUUCUUCGUCGUUCAGAAAUGUCUCAGCAUGUAACCGAUGUCGCCUGCGUAAGAAUCGCUGCGACCAGCGAUUGCCAGCCUGUAUGAGUUGCGAGAAGGCGGGUGUGCGAUGUGUAGGUUACGACCCUAUAACGAAGAGAGAGAUCCCGAGGAGCUAUGUGCAUUACCUGGAAACCCGAGUCGCGUACCUCGAAUCGCUAUGCACGACCAAUAACGUCGCCUUUCCGCCGGCGGAUGACUUCCCCGAUCUGCCCCCUAUUCAAACGUCCUCCGCCAUGUCCGCACCGCCGACCGCGACGGCCCUCCAUGCUCCCCCGCUACCUGGCGCCGGGCGUCCAUCACCGAGAAUCAAGCGUGAGUCGUCGGAAGGCUUGGAAGGGAAGAAGCUCGACAGCUUGGUGUCGGAUAUUGGACUCGUGUCUUUUGCCGGCGCAAGCGACCCCCGCUACCUCGGUUCCGUAUCGGGCAUCUCGUUCGCGCGGGUGGUUUUCGCGGCGGUCAAGAGCAGCGCGCCCGGCUCGGGCAGCUCCAACGAACAGAACGGCAGCGAGCCGCAGAAGGGCCUUGAGGUUGACGCCGAUACGCAAAUGAGGGAUUCGUUCUUCGGACUCCACACCAAGCCUACGAUCUUACCGGCCCCGUUCCCGACUCGUCCUGUCGCCGAGCGUUUGGUGCGUCUCUACUUCGAGCAUGCGAACCCGCAGAUCCCGUCGCUUCAUCGUGGGGAGUUCAACAGUGUUCUGGAGGCCAUCUAUGGCCCAAUCGAGGCCACAAUGAAUGGAGUUUCGGACUACGGUGUACAAGGCGAAGGUCUCGGUGGAUCGGCGCGAGAGCGCUAUCUUCUCAACAUCGUGUGUGCUAUCGGCGCCGGAAUCUUCCUUACCGGCCCCGAGGAAUCGCCCGAAUCCGAUGACGAGGAAGAAGGUGAAGAUGGACCGAGAAAAAAGCAAAAGGUAGACUCGAAAAAUCGCAAAGAAAAGAAGAAGCAAAGCGAGCCAGAAUCUUACCACGCGUCGGCGAUGCUUCACCUCGAAGCAUUCCUCAGCCAGAGCAAGGGAGGGCUUGAUGAGCUCCAGGCUGUUUUGCUGCUAGCCGGCUACGCACUUCUCCGGCCGGUGUCUCCGGGCCUCUGGUACAUCGUGGGAGUCGCAGUGCGGCUGGCGGUGGACUUGGGCUUGCACUACGAGGACGCAGAUAUGGAGACCAAGAAGCCUGUGAAACAAGAACCCAAGACGGAAAAGGAGGGGAGGAAAGAGUGGGUUCGGGAUAUGCGGAGACGGCUCUGGUGGUGCGUAUACAAUCUGGAUAGGCUGGUCAGCACCUGUGUUGGAAGGCCAUUCGGAAUUGCCGAUGAAGUCAUCAGCACCCAGUUUCCUUCCAUGCUGGAUGACGAGUACAUUCACCCGACCAAAGGGCUGAUGCAACCCCCUCCCGGAGAGAAUCCGCCAACAUAUAAAGCCAUAUCUCAUCAUUAUACUCGCCUUCGCCUGCUACAAUCCGAAAUACUUCAGGUCCUACAGCAACAAUCGCAUGCAUUCUCAUUCGCCUCAGCAUCCUCGGAAACCGCCUUCAAGAAGGACAUUUACAAGGGCAAACAAAAUUAUCCUCACCACCACCCAUAUCAUCUCCAGACGCCAUAUCUGAGCGGCCAUAACUCGCUGCAAGCCUGGCACCGGGACGUUGAUCGGAGAUUGAAGGAAUGGAUAGAUACUGCGCCCAAGUCGAUUGCCGAGACCGGUGUCGAGUUCUCCCCCGAAUUCCUCGAGUUGAACUACUGGCAGGCAAAGAUCAUGCUCUAUCGACCUUGUUUGUCGGUUCCGGUGCUCUUGGCCGGCGAAUUGGGUGCUAGCAGUGGCAACGCACGUUCGCGGGCUGCCGAGAGAGGCCUGGGAGAAGGUGCUGCGGUGUUGCACGGGCGACGAGAAGACGAAGAGCGGGUUUACAUGAUCGUCGCUGAAGCGGGAAGCAAGGUUCUUCGGAUUUAUAGGCAGCUGCAUCGCGUGCAUCAGGUCAACUACACUUUCCUGGCCACGCAUCAUCUGUUUAUGGCUGGGAUUUCUUUCCUUUACGCCAUCUGGCACUCUCCGUUGGUUCGCUCGCGUCUAACCAUGGACGAGGUGGACUUCACCAUUCUUGCAGCCACAUCCGUCUUGGGUGACCUCGUCGAUGUGUGUCCCCCGGCAGCGGCUUGUCGUGAUGCAUUCGAGCGCAUGUCUAGGGCUACAGUCCAGAUGUGUCUCGGCAGU